AUGCUGUCCCGGAGUCUCGCCCUUCUUUUCUUGCAGGCUUCCCCAGUGGUGCUCACCCGUUCAGAGCCUUUUGGCCUGUCCAGCGACACAGCCAAUCAUGAUACCUACAAUCAACUGCAGGAUCUUUUCGACACAGCUCGAUCAACCGCAGUAGAUACUCUUCAAAAGAGAAAUGGAAGCUGUACUGAGGCCAACGUCGAGAUUCGUAGGGAGUGGGAUUCUUUCGACAGAGAUGAGAAAAAGGACUACAUUAGGGCGGUCAGGUGUCUGCAGUCUACACCUGCCCUUGCUCCCUCGGAACUUGGAUCCGGCAUCAAGACAAGAUUCGACGAUUUUGUUGCCACCCACAUGAACCAGACUCUCACCAUCCACUAUACCGGCACAUUCCUAUCAUGGCACCGGUAUUACAUUUAUCUGUUUGAGGAAGCAUUGAGGGAUGAGUGUGGAUAUCAGGGGAACCUGCCGUACUGGAACUGGCCCAAGACCGCCAUCACGGGGCUACACGCCUCGCCGGUAUUCGACGGCAGUGACACAUCCAUGUCCGGAGACGGCUACUUCAUCGCCAACAAAUCCUCCGUGAACGUCGCGGGAGGCGGCCUCGAUCCGUUCUGGGUCCCGGCGGGCACCGGCGGCGGCUGCGUGAAGUCGGGCCCCUUCGCCAACUACACGGUGAACCUGGGCCCGGUAUCUGUCUCCCUGCCCGGCGGCGUGUCCGAAGUGAAUCCGCACAACGACACGGGCAUCUUCUCCUGGAACCCGCGCUGCCUCAAGCGCGACCUGACCGACUACAUCAACCAGAACUUCGCCAACGCGAGCAGCGUGCUGAGCGUCGUCCAGAACUACACCGACAUUGCUACCUUCCAGCUUCUCUUCCAGGGCUGGCCGGACGCGCUCGUGGCCGGCGGGACCACGUUGGGUGUGCACGGUGGAGGUCACUUUUCUUUGGGUGGAGAUCCAGGCCGCGAUUUAUACGUCUCGCCCGGAGACCCUGCAUUUUACUUGCACCACACGAUGAUGGACCGCGUGUGGUGGCUGUGGCAGAUGCAGGAUCCGGAGACACGCGUUUGGGGGGACAACAGCAUUGCCGGCACCGGGACGUUCCUCAACGACCCGGUCAGCCCAGACAUCACUAUUGAUGACUAUGUGCAGUAUGGCUAUGCUGCGGGCCCACCGAGGCAGAUCAAUGAGUUGUUGAGCACGACGGCGGGGCCAUUCUGCUAUGUCUAUGAGUAA